AUGGUGCUACUUGAAUCCUUAGCUUCUAGCUCUGUUGGCAUAAGGGGCCCCAGAGGAUCCAGGGGACAGGAGCCCCAAGCAAAUCCAAUAGGGCCACUCCAGACCAUGGCUGUCCUGUGUGCAACAUCAACUGCUUUCCCAUUGCCUGCGGAGCAACCUCCUUCCUUUACACAGUGCCUGUUAUUUCUCACCACCAAAUGCCUUCCCUGCAGAGGAGGCUUUGCCUUGAGGGCAGCAGUGCAGGAACCCCCUCCUGGUUGUUUAGGCAGUUUAUACUUCAGUCUCACUCGAGUCCCUGCAAAGGAGCAGCUCAGGGCCCCUUUGGGCCCUUUACUUCCUGCUGCUUUUGCCUUGGAAAUGUCACCUAUGGUGGGCAACCAGUGGGCUUCCAUGCAAGACAUCUUAGUGGCUUCGGGGCUCUGUCUCCUAGAUCACUGUUGGAGCAGUCAGGGCAGGAGGCUAUGCAGCCCAACUCACCCCACCACCACCACCACUUCCAGCACUCCUUUCUUGGCACCUUGUGCUCAGUCGCCAAAAGGCUUAGAAUUCGUACCUGUGAGGGUUUUGAUGUGGGUGUGUUGUGCCAACUCUCUUGUAGCCGCUGCCUUUGGAACCACUUCAUCCAGCCUUCCGCCAGAUGCCAAAUCAACCCGGCAUUUGCCCAUGUAA